AUGAUGACCAUGACUACGAUGGCUGACGGCUUGGAAGGCCAGGACUCGUCCAAAUCCGCCUUCAUGGAGUUCGGGCAACAACAGCAGCAGCAACAGCAGCAGCAGCAGCAGCAGCAGCAACAGCAACAGCAGCCGCCGCCGCCGCCGCCGCAGCCGCACUCGCAGCAGAGCUCCCCGGCCAUGGCAGGCGCGCACUACCCUCUGCACUGCUUGCACUCGGCAGCGGCGGCGGCGGCGGCGGCCGGCUCGCACCACCACCAUCACCAGCACCACCACCACGGCUCGCCCUACGCGUCGGGCGGCGGCAACUCCUACAACCACCGCUCGCUCGCCGCCUACCCCUACAUGAGCCACUCGCAGCACAGCCCUUACCUCCAGUCCUACCACAACAGCAGCGCGGCCGCUCAGACGCGAGGGGACGACACAGAUCAACAAAAAACCACAGUGAUCGAAAACGGGGAAAUCAGGUUCAAUGGAAAAGGGAAAAAGAUUCGGAAGCCUCGGACCAUUUAUUCCAGCCUGCAGCUCCAGGCUUUAAACCAUCGCUUUCAGCAGACUCAGUACCUGGCCCUUCCCGAGAGAGCUGAACUGGCAGCUUCCUUAGGACUGACACAAACACAGGUGAAGAUAUGGUUUCAGAACAAACGCUCUAAGUUUAAGAAACUGCUGAAGCAGGGCAGUAACCCACAUGAGAGCGACCCUCUCCCCGGCUCAGCGGCCCUGUCGCCGCGCUCGCCGGCUCUACCUCCGGUGUGGGACGUUUCUGCCUCGGCCAAGGGCGUCAGUAUGCCCCCCAACAGCUACAUGCCCGGCUAUUCGCAUUGGUACUCCUCUCCACACCAGGACACCAUGCAGAGACCACAGAUGAUGUGAGUUGUCCAAGGGAAAUCGAUACCCUAGGGAAACGUCUGAACAAGGCAAGGAGGAUCUGGGACCUGCUUGCAUCUGCCAAACAGAGCCGAGGGAGCAGGCUCGGGAGAACUCUCGUGUGAGGAGACUGGGUGCUUGCUCGCUGGCUCUCUCUCCGUCUGCCUCUCUCUUCCCUUUUUUUUCCCCACCCUUCUUAUACUUCCUUCCCACCUUUCUCCUUUUUCUUUUUUUCUUUCUUUUGCUCAUCUGCCUUUUUCCUUGAGCAGCCUCGGUAAUUAAUCUUGCAUCUGAGCGAGAGAGGGAGAGAGAAAGAGUGAUAGAAAGAGAAAGAGAGAGAGAAAGAGACUGGUUUCUAUGCCAGUGCUCCUGAAACCCCUCACUGUAAGGAUAUUUCCCCUUACCCUUGGGAUCCAGGCUCUGAGCCUCCUCUUCUCCUUGGGAGUAUCCAUCAAAAUGACUUUUUAAAAACAGACACAUUUUCCCCACCAGAAGAAUCUGCGCAAACAUGGCAGCGUUUUUACUUGUUUAAUGAGCUUAAGACAUUACAUGAUGAAAGAGAAGCAUUUUGGACUCCUGCAUUUUUAUUUACUGACAAAAAGAGAGAGAGAGAGAACCCUCAUAUAACAGCCCUUCUCUAAAGAAAAAGGGAAAAUCAGCUGUAAGAGUAGAACAUUGCCACAAAAUGAACGCUGCAUGUUUUAUCAAAAUGCAAUGAGCAGGAAUGAUGAUUUACAAACAAAAACAAAACAAAACCAUUCCCCCCACCCUACCCCACCCCUGCACCCUGAACUGGAAUCAGGAAAGACAGAGGAAACCAAAAUCACCUUUCUAUUGCUUUGAUACCUUUACUGGGUGAACUGGUGGCAUUCACUAAGCUAAUAGGGACGUUUAUAUUGAGAAACAUUUCUGUAUAUAUUGUUGAAUUUUAGUUGUACAUAUACUUUGUAUGUUUUUGUCUUCUUUCAUAUAUGGAGUAAAAGCCACAAAAUGCUG